UUCAUAAUCAAAUUCCUUAACUCUGUACCAAAUUUCUCUGUCUCUUCCUCAGGCACCAGACUGGUUCUGGUGCUUGGGAGAAUCUUUAAUCCUCAACUAAAACAAAAACAGUACAACUGAAGCUUAUAAGUUCCUAAUUCUUCUGUUAUCCAUGGCGGAUCCUCGGUCUAAUAUUGUUCCUUAUCAUGACCCACACGACAGUCUGAUUAACUUAGAAUAUCUUGAGUUCAUGACUGAUUCUCACCCUAAUCUCGACCAUUUAUCUUCCAUUCCUGAAGAAUAUCAACAUCAAAAUCAACACCAACAACCUAAUUUCUCGUCACUUCAUCAUAACGAUGAUUUAAUUGCUCCUUAUUACCCUUUUGAUCAUCCAAUUUGGAAUCCUUUGAACAGUAAUAACAAUAACGGGUCUACUAACGACCAAUCUAACGAAGCCGGUCCGUCUAAUUCUCAGCAUUUUCCCAAUGUGGGAGAUGAACAUAAUAAUAAUAAUAAUAAUAAUAAUAAUAAUAAUAAUAAUAAUAAUAAUAAUAAUGAGAAUUUCAGACCACCUUUGUUUGAUAAUGGGAGGCCGAUUAGUGUUUGGCCACCGCCGGUGUCUCCUUAUCAGUGCAGUUUUUGUCAAGUUUUGAGAGAAAUUAUUCAUAUUAAUGGCAAUUGCAGUACGAAACUUGAAAUUCAUGGGAGAGUAGGUAUUAUUUGCCAUGCUGUUCUUGAGGAUAAAGUUAAUGUGGGUUCUUCAGGGCCUCGGCUUCAAAUGAUUGAUUUUUGCAAGAAAAGCAUAGAUAACGUGAAGCAAUUUCUGAUACAAUACUGUGAGAAUCUGAAAAAUGCUGGAUUUGUUAUGGUUCAAGAUCCACUUUCAAUCUUCUAUGAAGCCCUUUGUGUUGGAAUUGAUGAAUGGGAUGAUGAUCCUAAUGAUGAUAUUGACUUCAAUGACCCAUCUCCUCCAACAAUUCCUGCAGCAGGGGUGCCUCAAGGAUAUGAAAUGGAGGAAGGGAAUGAGGCAGAAAGAGCGACGACAAUUACUCCGAAAAUUACUCUAGCACAACAGAGGAAAAGAACUGGGAAGUUAAAACUGAAAGAUUUUGCAUCUUCUUUUCAUCUCCCUAUGGAAGAAGCUGCCAAGAGAAUGAGUUUAUGCCCUACCGUGGUCAAGAAGAUUUGCCGUAAAUACGGUUUGAAACGAUGGCCUCACAGAAAGAUUAAAAGCCUCGAAAGGAAAAUCUCAAUACUUAUGCCGAUGACAUAUUCGAAUAGUGAAGAAGUAAAGGAACGAGCAUUAGAAGAGAUCCGAAAGCUUCAGCAAGAAAUAUCAGAUUAUCUUAACGUAUAGUGAUUAAGAUUGUAAUUUGAGUUAUAUUAGCAUAAGAUUAAAGAGGACUUGACAUUAUUUUUUCUUUUAAUUAUUUUCCUUGGAUUCUACUUAUACAGUGUAACAUCAA